AUCACGAAAGCACCAAGCCUCAGAUUGCCACAGCAAGAUCUAACGCAUUUCUCUUCUACAGACCGUCCUUCGAACAUAAUCCGCCAAGAUGGGUAAGGGACAGCCUCGUGGUCUUAACGCCGCGCGCAAGCUCGCGAACACCCGCCGUGAGAACCGUUGGGCCGAUCUUCACUACAAGAAGCGCCUGCUCGGUACAGCCUACAAGUCCUCUCCCUUCGGUGGUGCUUCUCACGCCAAGGGUAUCGUCCUCGAAAAGGUCGGUGUUGAGGCCAAGCAGCCCAACUCCGCUAUUCGCAAGUGUGUCAAGGUCCAGUUGAUCAAGAACGGCAAGAAGGUCGCUGCUUUCGUCCCCAACGACGGUUGUCUUAACUUCAUCGACGAGAACGACGAGGUUCUCCUUGCCGGUUUCGGUCGUAAGGGUAAGGCCAAGGGUGAUAUUCCCGGUGUCCGUUUCAAGGUCGUCAAGGUCUCCGGUGUCUCCCUGCUCGCCCUCUGGAAGGAGAAGAAGGAGAAGCCCCGUUCUUAGAGGAUUGCGCAAACGAACGAUUGCAGCGGGAACGAUGGGAAAGGGCCCAUUCCAUGGAACAUUGGAAGAUUACUACGAUGGGAUCUAUCUUCAGUCUAUGGUCUGGUCUGGAAAUUAUGGUUCAGGACGGAUGACCCUGCAAAUAAAUUGCAGCUACUACGAUUGAUAUACUUAUAAAAGAUGGCGCCAUGAUUUAUUUCUUUGGGAAGGGCCCUAAAAUAUCAAGUCUCAAACU